AUGAUAUCCAUAAAAAUGAAGUUCUAUAAUUUUAAGAUUUUGUUCUUUUCGAUAGUUUUAAAAAUAUUAUUAUUAUUAUUAUAUUCAAGUGAAAAAAGGUUAAAAAACCACUACCCUAAUACUCAUACAAAAACCACCAAAAAAACAACUAUAUCACAACUAUUAUGCGAAUAUGAUGUAUAUACGUCAAUUUAUGAUAAUGACCCGGAAAUGAAAACAUUGAUGGAAAACUUCGAUAGACAAACAUCACAAAGAUUUCAUGAAUACGAUCAAAGUAUGAUCAAAAGAAGACAAAAAUGUAAAGAACAAUGCGAUAAAGAUAUACAAAACAUAAUAUUGAAAGAUAAAAUAGAAAAAGAAUUAACAGAAAAAUUGAGUGCGUUGAACACAAAUAUAACUACUGAGGAUAUACCUACAUGUGUUCGUGAAAAAUCAGUUGCAGAUAAAGUGGAGAAAACAUGUUUGAGAUGUGGAGGAAUAUUGGGAGGGGGUGUGGCCCCUGAAUUAGGUUUGAUAGGUGCAACUGCCUUAUAUGCUAUAAAUGCUUGGAAACCUGGUGCUUUAGCUUCUGCUGGUAAAGCUGCAGGUAUUGAGGCAGGUGUUGCUGAUCUUGUUGCAGAAUUAAAAAAUAUGUGGCAAAUGAACUAUUUAGUUGAUAAGGCGUUGGAAGACCUUGUUACAAAAACAACAUAUACUAAUUAUAACUUGUUGGCUACAUCGUUUAAGUUUGAAUAUCAAAAAUUGUGCAUGUCACAAGCUGAUCCAAGUGGUGCUUUUUGCAUUAUACCAAAAGAGAACUAUACUACAGUUAUAGAAAACACUGCAAAAUUGCUUGUCGGAAAAGCUAACAAAACUGUUGAAACCACUACUGCUAGUGAAACUGCCAGAAUAACUACAGCACUAACAAACGAAAAGACUGCUGAGAUAACUGAUUUUAGUACUACAUACAAUACUGCCAUAAUAGCAUCCAUUGUUGCAAUUAUAGUUAUAGUUUUGGUUAUGGUAAUUAUUUAUUUGAUAUUACGUUAUCGUAGAAAAAAAAAAAAUGAAGAAAAAAUUACAAUACAUAAAAUUAUUAAAAUGAUAGAUACGAUGUAUUGUGACAUGAAGAGUAUUUUAGUGUAUUGUGAAUUGUUUUAUUUCAUAUACAAGGAUUCUAUAAUUAUUGGUUUUUAG